AGGAAAUUGCCUCAUUAUCCUCGACAGAGCUUUCUUUUUUUCUUACCAGCAUGACUGCGAAUUGCACAAGCUACUACAGCGCAGAAAAUGCUUUUGUGAAUGGCUUUUUGUGCCCGAAAGCGGGAAGCGGUGCCCACGCGGUAUUCUGCUGCGGAUUUAACGAUAUCAAGUAUUGCUGUGAUGACCCCAACAGUUUUUUCCCCUACGAGUAUGCAUACAUGUGGUGGCUCAGCGUCGGGGCCCUGAUAGGUCUGUCCAUAGCAGCAGUGGUCCUGCUGGCCUUCCUCAUCACAGUCUGUGUCCUCUGCUACCUCUUCAUCGCCACCAAGCCCAGUCGCCUUGACAACGGCCUGCCACUCAGAACACCAGAGCUUGAGAGGCUCUGCAGAGAAGACCCUACAGCAGAGAAGUCACACCCUACAGCAGGGCUGCCCAACCCUCUUAGCGUCGGGGCCCUGGAGAUCUAA